AUGUAUACCCUGGCGUGGAACAAAUUGACUCAGUUGAGUGGGAUCUUUGGCGGGGUUAGCAGUGGCGGUCAAGCGUUGGGAGGGAAGGGACUCGACAAGAAAGAACCAGCUGGCUGCAGUGCCUCGAGUGCAAAAGUUUUGGAUCGGGAAUGCAAAUUGGCACGCGCAUCGCGUGCCCAGCAUGGGAGACGAGGACCGCCCGCGUGCGCACCAUCUAAUCACAAAGAUGUUGCAGAUUGUUGCGUGGUUGAUCGUAUAAUCAGUACUACUAACUCUGCCCGAAGUUUUAGGAUAGGGUAUGAUGCUGAUGAAAUACCAUCUGCGGACACCGGUGUCCUCUCGCCAGGAGCUUCUUUCCUUGCCGCUUUGUUCGCUCGCCAUUGGGUGGUAAGCGAGCAAUUGCGCCAGGCGGUCGCGAUGCACGCUUAUUCCUCUGAUGCUGAUGGGUUAAGUCCGGAUAACCCUGUGAUCAGGGAGUUGGCUGACGGGCGUGCGCAUAUUCUUGGCUGGCCGAGCGGUGUUUCGUCUUUUCUGCGAGGCGGGAGGGGAACAAUUUAUUCUUUCUUGAAGUCAAAAGUCGUAAACGCCGAGAAGGUUGAACGUGUGACCGGCUCGGAAAGGAGACAAUUUCGCUUUAAAGUCGAUUAUCAUGUCUGGAACACCGCAGAGCUGCUCGAAACUACCCGCAUAUAUGUGAUGCGAAUGGGUCCUGGAUGGUUGCAGACAGCCUGUACUGUGCAGCGCCCUCGCAUAUGGCGAAGGGCGAUAAAAACUAGUUUCAACACAUGGCCAUGGGAAUGGAAUGCGGGCAAGACCUGCGAAGAUCUGCGGCCAGGGUGGGCUACUAGGAACAGCAUCCACGAACCAAAGACCCGGAUAGUACAGAAGAGGCAACUCGUUACCGCGCAUCCCAGGAAUACCACGCCCGACACUGCAAUUAUGAUUGAUGGUAACGCCGUUUAG